AUGUCGCGCUCUCAGGCACCCAACCCCGCGGGGUCCCGAAAGAUCUCGUUCAACGUCAGCGAGCAGUACGAUAUCCAAGAUGUCGUUGGUGAAGGCGCAUACGGCGUUGUCUGCUCGGCCAUCCACAAGCCAUCUGGCCAGAAGGUGGCCAUCAAGAAGAUCACUCCUUUCGACCACUCGAUGUUCUGUCUAAGAACCCUCCGAGAGAUGAAGUUGCUGCGAUAUUUCAACCAUGAGAACAUCAUCUCCAUUCUCGACAUCCAGAAGCCCCGCAACUACGAGUCCUUCAAUGAGGUGUACCUCAUUCAGGAACUCAUGGAAACGGACAUGCACCGAGUCAUCCGCACCCAAGAUCUCUCCGACGACCAUUGCCAGUACUUCAUCUACCAAACCCUCCGCGCUCUCAAGGCCAUGCAUUCGGCCAACGUCCUCCACCGUGACUUGAAACCUUCCAACCUUCUUCUGAAUGCCAACUGCGAUCUUAAAGUGUGCGACUUCGGCCUCGCUCGAUCCGCCGCCUCGCAAGAGGAUAACUCCGGCUUCAUGACCGAAUACGUUGCCACGCGCUGGUACCGUGCCCCCGAGAUCAUGCUUACCUUCAAGGAAUACACCAAGGCUAUCGACGUCUGGUCCGUUGGAUGUAUUCUUGCGGAGAUGCUUAGUGGCAAGCCGCUUUUCCCCGGCAAGGACUAUCAUCACCAGCUCACACUCAUCCUGGAUGUCCUGGGUACUCCCACCAUGGAGGACUACUACGGCAUCAAGUCCCGACGUGCCCGGGAAUACAUUCGCUCGUUGCCCUUCAAGAAGAAGGUCCCUUUCAGGACCCUCUUCCCCAAGACUUCCGACCUUGCGCUAGACCUCCUUGAGAAGCUUCUUGCCUUCAAUCCCGUCAAGCGCAUCACCGUUGAGGAGGCCCUGAAGCAUCCUUACCUUGAGCCUUAUCAUGACCCCGAUGAUGAGCCCACCGCUCCCCCCAUUCCAGAGGAAUUCUUCGACUUUGACAAGCAUAAGGAUUCCCUAAGUAAGGAGCAGCUCAAGCAGCUAAUCUAUCAAGAGAUUAUGAGGUAA